AUGCCGACCAUCUGCGCCGGCGGACAGACCCUGCAGGGCAAAUACGGCGGACGGGCUCCCCCGGAGAUCCAGUUGCCUGACAGACAAUGGCCGUCCAAGAAGUUGACAAGCUCACCAAUAUGGCUAUCUACGGACCUGCGAGAUGGAAAUCAGGCUCUCCCAAAUCCCAUGACGACGGCACAGAAAUGGCAGAUGUUCCGCCUGCUGGUGGACAUCGGAUUCAAACAGAUCGAGGUCUCAUUCCCCUGCGCCUCAGACACCGAGUACGCCUUCACGCGCGCGCUCGUCGAAACCCCCGGCGCGGUUCCCGACGAUGUGAGCCUGGAGGUCAUGACGCCGUGUCGCAAGGAGACGCUCCUCCGAGCAGUCGAGAGCCUAAAGGGAGCCAAGAAAGCAAUAUUGUUCACAUACCUCGCAACCAGCGACAACUACCGCGAGACGAUCCUGCAGCGGUCCGAAACCGAGGCCCUAGAGCACGUGCGCAAGUGCAUCGAGUACGCCCGCGCCAUCACCAAAGACGAUCCAGAAGCUAGCCAAACAGAAUGGACCCUCGGCUUCGGCAUGGAGGACUUCGCGAAUGCCCGUCCGCACGCUGCACUCCGUCUGGCAGCCGUCAUCCAAGCCGCCUGGCAGCCGUCACGCGAAGCCCCCGUCAUCCUAGGGCUGGCGUCGAGCGUCGAGGCCGCAACGGUAAACGUCUUCGCCGACCAGGUGGAGUAUUUCUCGCGCCACCUCGCAGCCCGCGAAACGGUAUGCAUCUCCAUCCACACGCACAACGAUCGCGGCGGCGCCGCAGCGGCCGCGGAACUGGCCUGUCUGGCGGGCGGGGACCGCGUCGAGGGCUGCCUCUUCGGGAACGGCGAGCGCGCAGGCAACCUGGACCUCGUCACGGCCGCGAUCAACGUCUACACGCAGGGGAUCGAGACCGGGCUGGACUUCUCCAACCUCCCCGGUAUCCGCCGCGUGUAUGAGGACAUCACGCGGCUGCCUGUGCAUCCGCGGACCCCGUACUCCGGGGACUUCUACUUCCGCGCGUUCUCUGGCGCGCAUCAGGAUGCGAUUCGCAAGGGGCUGCGGAGGCGGGCGGCGGGUGGCUCCGGCAUCCCGUGGAAGGUCCCGUACCUCCCGCUUGACCCGGCGGAUUUGGGCGUCUCGUUUGAUAGUGUCAUUGGCGUGAAUAGCCAGAGUGGGAAGGGGGGCGUGGCCUGGCUGAUUCAGAACGGGCUCGCGUUGAGCCUGCCGACGCCGCUGGCGGCGAGCUUUAGCCGGCUUGUCAAGGAGCAGUCUGUGGCGCAGGAGAGGGGGUUGGCUGCGGAGGAGAUAUGUGCUCUCUUUGCGGAUACGUAUGAUUUGCGAGACUCGCCCAGUGGCCGCGUGUUGCGGGAGCAAGGGUACGUUGCUGCGGCUCAUUAUCCUGGUUGUGCUCUGGAGCUGGAAGAUAUCACCGACCAGGCUGCGAGGGCGGCGGGGAUAUUGACGAGGGGCUUGGAUUUUCUGUUGCGGUGCACCAGGGUUGUAGCUCACCCGCUCGGGGUGCCUGAUGCAAGUCUGACGGUGGUGUUUGUGCAAUGCGCAGUCACGGAGACUGCAGAGGAAGCAUGGGGGAUCGGGAUCGGGUUCAGCCAGGACUCGGCCAUUGACAGGGCUUUGAUGUCGGUGAUUAACCGCCGUCAAACCAUCAGCAUAGCGCACCUCCUCGUCCUCCCCCACACACUCAGGCAGCGAAUCAACCAGGACCUCCCGAUCGGGCUUGCCAAAAUACGCCACAGAGAACCGCUCCUCCAGCACCUCAUCCGUCUCAACAUCCUUCCCCACGGGCAACAUCACCCGAUGAUUCGCCGAGCACAGCCGCCGGUUCGUCCACCGCUGCAGACAGUCCCCGAUGUUAAUCACCACCUCGUACCCGUCCUCCGGCUCAACGGGGAUAAAGCUGCCUCGGUUCCGCUGGUCCUCGACCUGCAGCCCGCCCACCGAGUCCUGCAGGAGCAGCGUCAGCGUGCCGAAGUCCGAGUGCUCGCCGAUCCGCAUGUUGGUGCGCAGCGCGCUGCAGGGAAUUGGCGGGUAGUGCACCAGGCGCAGCUCGCUGGUGUUGUGGCGGUGUUUGGCGGGCAGGAGGGUGGCGGGGAGGUUGAGGCCCGUGGAGAUGGCGCGUAG